AGGUUCCAGAGUCGGCCUCUCAUUAGUCUGAGGUUACUGCCGCUCUACUAGUCUGCCCCAUUUAUCUGGACCCAAUUGAGACCUCGCAGCCCGUGACCCUCCACUCCCGAUGCAGAUCCUUCUGAGCCCUACCCCCACCGGCUGAUUCGUUGUCAACUGGAUCCCAUUAAGCCUUCCUCAUUUGUCCGGGAUCCUCCAGACCUUUCCCUUCCUGGUGCCCACUGAGCCCGCUCAGGAAUCACCUGGACGAGCUCUGCUCCUGCGUGGGAGUGGGUGACCCAAUUAUCCACAUCUUACUCCUGUCCUUCAACUGAAUUCCACGGUUCAGGCCCGCGGAGAGGGAGAGAAACCCGAGUUCAGGCUCGGCCCUGUGUGGUCGGGUCGUCAAAGUGACAGAAGGGAGGAGGGCUGAGGGCAGGAUUGAGAGCCUGUCAGGACUCCCUACCAGUGAGAGCAGAAAAGAAAAGCAUGUGCUUCUACUGAGCUACUGAUGUCCCUGGGGGAACUGCUGGUGUGGAAGGCAGUGGCCGCAGGAGCUGAGAAACUCACGUGAGGGGCUCCGCUAUUUGGCAAGAGUAGUCACUGCCUACAAAGUGGCCCUCGGAGAGCUUGUGGCAGCCAGAACCCUAGAAGUGCGCACUGCAGCCAGCUGUUGGUAGAGAUGGACGGUAGGCAGCAGCGCCCCCAAAGGAAGACGCUACAGUGGCAGCUUGCUCAAGAACAAGGGCACCAGUCCCCUCCACACGGGCCUUCAGCAACUUCCAGCCAGCCAGAUACCAAGAGCAAUCCUCAAGAGGACCUGCAGACCCAAGACUGGGUAUGUGAGCCUCCAGCGCGCAGGCGCCCAGGUAGUCGCUGGAAUAUCAGCAUCGACGAGCGCAGACGUCUGGCCAUGCUGCAUGCGCAGGACAGAGCAAACACGGCCAAGGCCCCAUCUAGAGACAUACUGGGCCUGCACCUCCCGGUCCGGUCGACUGUACCCUCCCCAUUGACUGGGUCUGCCCCAACCUCGCCCAACCAGGUCCCUGAAACCAUGGCUGGUCACUCGCAGGAUAUUGAGCAGAUGGUGGCCGAGCUGGUGUCUGAGGGUGUGGACAGGGAUGUACUCCUUCCUCAUCCGCAACAUUCCACCAUGUACCACAACACCUUCCAGAGCUUCUUGGCCCAGGCCACUCCCCUCUGGCAGAGCGAGAAUUUCGAGGCCCAGACCUCAAGGUCACCACCCUCCUAAGAAGGAUCCCUGCUUAGCCCAGUGUCCGUUGUCCAGUGCCUUUCUUUGUCACCACAUGACUUCCAUACCCCUUGUGCCCUCUGUGGGUGUGACCCUUCCACAAAGGGCAAACAGGUCAAGACAAAGGUCUCAGAACUCAGGAGAGCUGCCCCUCCUGGGAACCUGGUUGGGAACUAACUACAGGAGAGCCAUGGAAGGGAGAAUCGGACAGAGUAACUUUCCGAAAGAGCCCCUGCUCUGUGGGGGCAUAAUGGUGACCAGCAUUUGUGGGCCUCUGAGGAGGUUAGAUUGCCACACAGACCACCGACUGCUUUGCCAGCCUCAUUGAGCAGCUGCCCGAGGAAGUGUGAGAUCCCUGCCAUGUCCAGUUCCUCCAGUAGGGUUUUCAUGUCAUGAACCAUCUGAGACUCCAGGAUCUAGCUUCAAGAUCAAAAGGGAUGUGUGACCUGGGAGAUACUAUGAGAGGGACCUAGUGAAGUUCUAGACAUAGACAGACUUCCAGGUAACUGACCAUUCCAGACAGUGAACUUUGGAGUUGAACAGGCUAGGAAGGCAGUGUGUUUGGGGUAACAUAAGGAGCCCUGUAUCUCACUUUGUCUUGAGGUUGGAGGCCCUGCAGAGGGGUUGGGACUGGGGUGGUAACACAAGACACAUUUGGGGGACAUCAAGCUGGAGGAGAGGCCGUAAAAGUGUGGUAACCCCAAUCUGUCAGUGUGUUUAUAGGGGGGCACCACAGACUGGUAGCGGUGGCCUGGGCUUCUGUGUGCGUAAGGCUGGGCACAAGGAAUUUUGAGUCAAGAGGAAGUGAUAGAUCCUGGGUUCAAGUAUGGGCAUGAGUCAGAACUGUGCGCUAACCGUGAGGGAAUCAGCCCACUUGCUAGUGCAGCACCAACUGCCCCUGGCCAGAGUUCAUUGCUGAAACACAGACUUCCCAGGCUAGACACUGGGUCCCUGCCUGCUGACUUGAAGUCCCUGCCCUUGCUUCCCUCCCUUCCUAAGACUCCAUGAAAUCCCUUCUCCUCCAGGAAGUCUGCCUUCAUCACCCUACUGGGCAUCCCUUCCCAGUUGACCCUUGGUGUAAUUUUUUUUUAAAUUUUCGAGACAGGGUUUCUCUGUAGCUUUUUGGUUCCUGUCCUAGAACUAGCUCUUGUAGACCAGGCUGGCCUCAAACUCACAGAGAUCUGCCUGCCUCUGCCUCCGGAGUGCUGGGAUUAAAGGCGUGCGCCACCACUGCUGUGGGAGUGAUUUCUUAUUAAUAAAGAAACUGCCUAGGCCCCUUAAUAGGCCAACCCAUAGGUGGGUGGAGUAAACAGAAGAGAAUGCUGGGAGAAAGAAGCUUAGUCAGGAGUCGCCAUGAUUCCCCCACUCCAGACAGACGCAGGUUAAGAUCUUUCCUGGUAAGCCAGCUCGUGGCUACACAGAUUAUUAGAAAUGGGUUAGAUUAAUAUGUAAGAGCUAGCCAAUAAGAAACUGGAACUAGCCGGGCCAGGCAGUGUUUAAAAGAAUACAGUUUCCGUGUAAUUAUUUCGGGCAUAAACUAGCCAUGCUGGCAGCUGGUUGCCGGGGACGCAGCCCCGCCACUCCUAACGCUACACACCACCACCCGGCUCCUUGGUAUAAUUUUUGUCCAUCCAAGAGGCCUCUACAUUUUUCAGGGUACAAAGGAUAAAGGGAAGGCAGGACACGGUGCCACAUGGACUAGGGCAGGGAUAGUGCUAAGGAGUCUGGACAGGGCCCUGGGCACGUUGUAACCCUCCCACCACCUUGACUUGGGGCACAGCAUGUGGCGGGCUAGGGUCACCACAGCAGUGGCUGGUGCUAUGUGCAUUCAGCUCCGAGUGGCUUUAAAGGACUCCAUGUUACUUGACUUCUGCUCACGGCUGAGGGUUGGCAGGGCUCCUCCGGGUCUUGUGCGUUUGCCUGGGCACCUCCUGAGUCUGCAGCCAAAUGGAAUCUGAGAUGGUCAGUUCCUCUUAGGAUCUCUCCCAUCACAACAACACAAGCCACAUCAAUUAGAGCACCUGGGCUGAGGCGCAGAGCUGGCCCCCUCCCACUGGCCACUUGUGACAGUUAAUGCUGCAAGGCCAAUGAAUUGAGCAAGGAAUGCAGCCUGGUACUGGGACUGUCGGCAGUGCCAGUGAGAGCACUGCUGCCCAAACACUGCGGCAGGGCAUAGUUUCCAGGGGCUGCUACAGCUGGUGGUCACAGGUUCAGUGCGCUAAGAGGACAGAUGCACUAAGUUCUGUAGUCUCUGCAGCGGGCCUCACUCCACGAGGAUCAGGACGGAGGCGUUUGUGUUCCUCAUGAAGCUCCAGGGAGCUGCAGCUCACCUUUCCCAGCUGCCCCAGGGUAAGUUAGGCGCAGCACUGGCUCAGUGUUCACCACUCUUGUCUCCUUUUUCAGCUCUUAUGGUUAAGGACCCUUAAGACUACUCUGGGCCCACCCAGAGGAUCUGGAAAACCUCCCAGUUUUAAGGUCAGACUUAGUAAACUUUAUUUCCUUUGCUCCAUCAGCAUAUGCACAAGGAUCCCCCUGUUGGGAGGGGAGCAGGGCAUUUUCUCUCGAUGCCUUUGGCCCCUAUGGGUAGAGGGCUAGGUGCUGCUAAGGUCUAUAGGACAGCUCCCCACAAUCACGUGGCCAGGUUUCGGGUCCAGUGCUCUACUGGGAAAAACUUGCGCCAGAGAAGGGUAUAGGCAGUGGGGAGCUCUGAGGAGAUGGGGUGAUUAGGGGUUUGCUCAGACAGGUUGGCUAAUCUUAGAAGGAGCAGAAAGGUCUUGUGGGGAAAGGUCUCUAGCACCUUAGUCAAGGGGAUGCAGGUCAGGUUGGGCAAAUCCUCCCCCAACAGAGCAGGCUCAAGUUUUCUUGAGCUAGCCACAGCCAUGGGAUCUCACUGGACACUCAGCACCUGUCUCAGCUUGAUACCCUGGCUCUGAGUGGGUUGCAGAGGACACUCUGUGACUUAGGGUUUCUAAUGCUGUGACAAAACAUGACCGAAAAGCAAACUGGGGAGGAAAAGGGUUUGUUUGUCUUACACUUCAGCAUUGCUGUUCAUCACUGAAGGAAGUCAGGACAGGAACUCAAACAGGGCAGGAUCCUGGAGGCAGAGGCCAUGGAGGGGGGUUGCCUACUGGUUUGCUCCUCAUGGCCUGCUCAGCCUUCUUAUUCUUCUAGAACCUAGGACCACGGGCUAGGCCCUCCCCCAUUGAUCACUAACUGAGAAAAUGCCUUAGAGCUGGAUCUCAUGGAGGCCUUUCCUCAUCUGAGGCUCCUUCCUCUCUGGUGACUCUAGCUUGUGUCAAACUGACACAUACAGCCAAGCAGCCCAGUCUGGAUACCUGGAACAGACAGAGGCCUACAGCAGCUGACUUUUUCAGUGCAGCACUGCUGGGGCCCUUUGAAGCUGUAGUUCACAGCCGUCUAUGCCACUACCUAAGAGAUUACUUCAUUGGUUUACAAAAACAGUUGCUCAGAAUUAACCAAGGUUUUCUUUUAAAACAAAGCAGUUUGAUUGCUAAAGUGAGGACUGUCACAGCAGGUCGCCCCAGCUAUUUCUGGGGCAUACGAGGGAGUGAAAUGAUGGGGUUCUGAAGCAUGCAGCUUUUGCUCACACAUGAAAAACAUAGAGCUAAAGAGAAAGAAGUGAAACUACGCAAGCUGGGAAAGCCCAGUGGAAAGACGGACGGUAAGACGGCAGGUGUGAUGGUGCAUGCUUGCAACCCGAGCACUCAAGGUGGCGGCAGGAAGACUGGUGCACAUUGAGGCUAGCCUGAGCUACACAGUGAGACCCUGCAAUAAGGGAUGAGUACUACCUGUUUUUCAAUGUAGAUAGUACUGAUUUUUUGGUUUGGUAAUGAGU